UCAAACACACAACUCAAUCCAAAAACCAAAAGAAAAAGACCGACCUUAGAGAAAAGAAUAACAACAAAAAGAAGAAAGCGUUGAUUUUCUCAUUAUUAAAAAUCAAUUCAUUUAGGGUUUAGUCUCUAUUUCAUGCUGUGAAAAACGAUUCAAUCUAAAUUCAAUUUCAUUUCAUUUCGAAUCGAAAACGAUGAUGGAAGGAGCAAGCAAUGGAGGCAUGUUGUAUCACGAGGUACAAGAAUCGAAACUUUGCGCUGUUCAUUGUGUUAACACAGUGCUUCAAGGUCCAUUUUUCUCUGAAUUCGACUUGGCUGCACUCGCUUCCGAUCUCGAUUGUAAGGAACGCCAGAUGAUGAUGCUUCCUGCUCACUCCUCCGCCGGUGAUUUUCUCUCUCAUAAUGUUUCUCUCGACGGUGAUUUCAGUAUCCAGGUUUUACAAAAGGCUUUGGAAGUGUGGGACCUACAAGUCAUUCCCCUUGAUUCUCCAGUUGCCGAGCCUGCCCAAAUUGACCCUGAGCUGGAAAAUGCCUUCAUUUGUCAUUUGCAAGAUCAUUGGUUUUGUAUCCGCAAAGUGAACGGGGAAUGGUACAACUUUGACAGUCUCUAUGCAGCUCCACAGCACCUUUCCAAGUUUUACCUUGCAGCUUACCUGGACUCUUUGAAAGGUUUUGGUUGGAGCAUAUUCCUUGUGAGGGGAAACUUUCCAAAAGAGUUUCCCAUCUCUUCAUCUGAAGCUUCCAACGGUUUUGGGCAGUGGCUUUCACCCGAAGAUGCUGAGAGAAUAACCAAAUCCUGCAACUCAGUUCAGGCUCCUCAAGAAAGAGUUAAUAAUGAAAGGCAACAGCGUUCGAAUCAGUUUCUUUCGCGGGAGGAAGCUGAAAUGUUUUCAGACAUGGAAGAUGAAGAUCUAAAGGCUGCUAUAGCAGCUAGUCUGAUGGAUUCAGCUCCGACAGUGACUAAUGCUGAAGCCAGUGCUCCCCAAAAUGAUAACCAAAGGAGUAAACAAGUGGCAACCACUGAAACUACCCCUUCAAGUUCUCAACCCAAGGAACAAGUGGGGCCCAUUGAAGUGAUUCUACCUACCAGUGAUGAAAGCAACAAACAUGUUGAAGCUAUUGAAGCUGGUUCUCUUCCGAAUGAUAAAAACAACCAACAAGUCGAAUCUUCUUUACGUGGCGACAACUCUCAAAGUCAAAACCAGAAUAAAGAAAACACUCCAUGAGAGAAGAGCGUGCAGUAUACAACACAUCAUCUUGUCUGCUCCUAAUUUGUUUUUGCAAUUGAGAACAAAAGUUUAUACCGGUUUAGUUGGUUGAAACAUACAUCGGUGGCUUAAUGUCAUGGUGCUGUGCAGUAUACAAUUCUCAUAUGAUUGCAUGAUUUAUAAACUGUAAGGAAAACCCUUCAACUUUUUUCUUUGAUUAUGAUAUUAUCAAGUUUUGACAAUGUUAUAUAAAACCCUUAUCAUUUCCAUCUAAUUGUGAUAGAUCUUGCUACAUAGUUUAGAUGAUGCCGUGUGGCAAUACCAUUCAAGUUGUUUGUGCUAAUCAUGUAAACUCUUGACUUUUAGAAUUUGGAGUAGAAAAAUAUUUUAUGGACA